AUGUCCAUCCAGAAUCUGAACACAUUUGACCCAUUCGCCGAUGCUAUCAAAAGCUCGGAAGACGACGUACAAGAUGGUCUAGUCCACGUCCGUAUUCAGCAGCGGAACGGGCGUAAGACUCUCACAACGGUGCAGGGGCUCUCUUCGGAAUAUGACUUGAAGAAGAUAGUGCGGGCAUGCAAGAAGGAGUUCGCGUGCAACGGAACCGUCGUGGAGCAUCCGGAGUACGGCGAGGUGCUGCAGCUUCAGGGCGACCAGCGCGAGAACAUUUGUCAGUGGCUCACGAAGUCGGGCCUCGUCAAGCCCGAGCAGCUGAAGGUGCACGGCUUCUAA